UCAUCUUCCUACCUCUCCCCCUAACUUCUCUUCCCUUUUAUUCUCUCUCUCUCUCUCUCCCUAUAUACACAUAAAUGUACACACACUUUUCUGUAUCCAUCCCUUGAAGGUUCAAGAUCAGAUCUUUUCGAUCAAUUCUAGAUACCCUUUUUUUGUAAAGAGGUUUUCGAUCUAAAGGUUUUUUUUUCAGGGUUUAGGUUUUUCGGAUUGGGAAUUUCGCCUGUUCUCUUAGGGUUUAAGGUCUUCCCGGGCAAAGAUGGAAACUUUCUGUGGAUAUCACAAGGAAGAUGAGCAGAUGGAUUUGCCUCCUGGGUUCCGAUUUCAUCCAACAGACGAAGAACUCAUAACCCACUAUCUGCACAAGAAGGUUCUCGACAGCGGUUUCACGGCCAAGGCAAUCGGUGAAGUCGAUCUGAACAAAUCUGAGCCAUGGGAAUUGCCGUGGAAAGCGAAAAUGGGCGAGAAAGAUUGGUACUUUUUCUGUGUGAGAGACAGAAAGUACCCGACCGGUAUGAGGACAAACCGAGCAACCGAAGCGGGUUAUUGGAAGGCGACCGGGAAGGAUAAGGAGAUUCACCGAGGUAAAUCUCUUGUCGGGAUGAAGAAAACGCUCGUUUUUUACAGAGGAAGAGCUCCCAAAGGUCAAAAAACCAAUUGGGUGAUGCAUGAGUACAGGCUCGAUGGCAAACUCUCUGCCCAUAACUUGCCCAAAACCGCCAAGAAUGAAUGGGUGCUAUGCAGGGUGUUCCAGAAGAGUGCCGGAGGGAAGAAGAUACCGAUUUCCGGUCUAAUCCGAAUCGGUUCGUUUGGAACCGGUUUGGAUCCUUCCGGUUUACCCCCUUUAACCGAAUCUUCGCCGUAUGACCAAACCAAAACCGAACCAGUCUACGUGCCCUGCUUCUCCAACCCAACUGAAAACCAAGUCAGCACAAUCAGUUGCUUCAGCAAACAUGUCCUAAGCUCGAUCCACGACAAUAUUGUCCCCAGAACUCCACUCUGCCAAAACCCUAAUCCGGCGGUAUGGAUGCAAGAACAGCCGCCGGUUCUAAGGGCGAUGAUCGAGAACAGAGGAAGACAGAGCUUCAAGGCACUCAGUGUCUCGCAAGAAACGGGUGUCUCAACUGAAAUCAACACCGAUAUCUCGUCGGAUUUCGAGUGCGGAAAGAGGCAUUUCGAUCAUCGAGGUGACCCUUCUUCCUCCGCAGGACCUGUUGAUCUUGAAUCCUUCUGGAAUUACUGAAGUGAAGACUCAAAGCUCGAGUCUUUGACAAAAUACAGUGAAAUAUGUGUGUGUCUGUUUUAAGUUUGCAUUGUAUAGAUUAUUGCUACUAUUAUUAUUAAUAUUAUGAUUAUUGAUAUUAUAUGUAUUGAAAAUACAGUCAAAAAGGAUUAAGGAAGUUGUUUCAAGUUUGUGUAAAA